GUCUGACCCUGUGGCCUGUGCCACUUGUACAUAAAUUAAAACUUUGUGCAAAUCGUGAUUGUUGGUGUGCAGAUAACAAGGGUUAUAGUUAUAGAUCGGGGGUCCAGGCUUGCAUAUUUUUGCGGUAUUAAAAACACCAGGCCUUUGGCGUCCUCUAUGCAUGUUUGGCCGGCCAUAACAACAACUAUCCCACAGUUUACGCUGUGACAACGACAACCUAAAUCUGGGCGAUUUCGGGGACUGACAUUGUGUUCAAAAAUGUAGAGUAUGUAAAGGAAAGGACGCCAUUAAAUAACUGUGGUCGUUUAUUGUACAUAUACAAGUCCAAAUUUAUCAAAACCGGAGCCAGAGUUGCCACAUUUAGAUAACAACUUAACUCGAGAGAAAUUAUAUUAAAGAGAAUAUCAACAUGCUAUGCAAUCCCUUUCGUGGGCGAUCAACGCGGUUUUGGAUUCCGAUAAUCAUCGCUGUUCAGCUGAUAUUCAAUCUGACGGUUUUGGUGAUUUAUUCCAGAAAUUCUACGGUCAUAAUUGAAAAAAAUGUUCAGAAAGAUCUUGCAACACCUUCGCGAAGUAGACAGCACAGUAAGCCCACCGAAGCGAUGCAGAAAGCAAGUCCGACUAAGAAAGCAAGUCCAACUACGAAAGCAAGUCCAACUACGAAAGCAAGUCCAACUAAGAAAGCAGAAAUCGACAUGGUAAACGAUUACCAGCCUUGGGUCGACUUUAAAUUCGUUUAUCCUGAAGUGCAGCCGGCUCUUGAAGGGUCGAAAGAUUUAUAUCUUGUGGUUCUUGUCAAUUCCGGUGCGAAAGGUGGCUUGUUUACACAGCGCAGGGCGAAGAUUCGUGAAACUUGGGCAAGCAAGAAGACUUGCGAAUAUUUCAUUGCCGCAAAUCAGACGCACGUGAGAGAUAAGAAAUGGAUUUUAGUUUUUGUACUAGGAAAAGUUGGCAACGAGGAAGAUGACAAAAGAAACAUUGAGGAAGCCAAGAAACACAAUGAUAUGUUGAUUGGUGACAUUGAUGAUAACUACUUGAAUAACAUUUUGAAAUUUUACAUGGGACAGCUCUGGGCUUCUUUGCAUGGUGCAAAAUAUACUCUUAAAACAGACGACGAUGUUUAUGUGCGAAUACCUAAAAUUAUCGAGUACCUCGUUUCACAGGGGUCACCCCCUCGCUUCUAUGGUGGCGAGACAUACCCCAAUACUGCAGUAGCCCGGUGGGCUGGGGGUAAGUGGAGCAUCAGCAAGAAGUACUUUGAUGAACCUGUCUUCCCCCCAUUCAAUGCAGGAGCUUUCAUAUUAAUGUCCACAGACUUGUUGGAUAGUCUAUUUCAUUAUGUCCACAUACGAAAACCCUUUCACACAGAUGAUGCAUAUGUAGGGGUAGCUAUGAGGCAUUUUAAGGUGAAAGUGAUUCACAUAUUGUCUUUUGAUAUCAAGAACCACAUGGCUGCACUGAUCCGUUCAAAGAACAACUGUGAAAUUUUGAAACUUAUUGCUUAUGGUCACGAUGUGAAAAUUUAUGCAAUGGAUCAUCUUCAUAAAAGGGUGGAAGAUUUAUGCCAUAAGAAAAUCACAGUGAAAAAUUGUUAAGCCUUUUUAUUCUUAGUGGCAUGGCCGUAGGAACCACGGGGGCAGGGGAGGCUUGAUCCCCCCUAACGUUUAGAAGCAGAGGGCUAAGCCCCAGAAAAAAUUCAUGAGUGCUCAUUUAUCAUUCAAAUUAUGUUGCUUAUAAUGAAUAUUUUAUUGUAAAAUUUAAGUAAAUAUUACCUCGAAAAUGCAGGAAAAUGUGCUUUAGAGAGUUGAGAAUCUAAAAAUUUUUCAGGGACCCACCUAAAACGAUAAGCCCCCGGACCAGGGGACCCACCUAAAACGAUAAGCCUCCAGACCCACCUAAGACGAUAAGCCCCCCUAACUUCAAGUAGCAUAGGUAGCCUAUUUCAAUUUAAUAUCCCUUUCCCCUAGAUUUUCUUUGCAUCAGUUGCAAAUGCACAGAUAAAAAAUAUAAGCAUGGUUAACACUUUUUGUGAGAGUCUGGGAUUCCCUUUGUCUGAGGUCACUGAAAUAUCACAAUAUUCUUUGAUAUUAUUAUAUUCAUUAUUCCUGAUUCUCAGGAGCCAGUCUGAAUUAGGCCUUAAAUGUUGAUCAUAGAAGUCAUAAUACUGUCAUACUGAGGAAUAAUUUCUUAAUGAGGUGAAUAUUGGAAAGUUUACUGUUGCUGGAAAUUUAAAUCUAUGGGCUAAUGAGUUUCACAAUUUUAUUUAUUAUUACUAAUUUAAUUAAAGACAUAUUUAUAUUUUUAAAGAAAUAGUAAGGUUUAGUAAGUUGUACCGUGUAGUAGGUGUAGUAGUUGUACGUAUAAUUAAGCAAUACAUGGAUCAUUGAGGUAUAAAAUACA